AUGUGCACGCAGGAGACUCGAGCGAGGCCCGUCCUCUUGUACGAGUGCUACCGGACUGGAGUCACCUUAGAACCCGAGGGUACGGUCAAUUUUACCGUCCUCUUUGACUGCACGGUGGCAACGGAAGCCCAACAGUGCGACGCCAUCAAAUGGACUGCGGAGGGUGGUCACCCUGGCUGCUACCAAAAGAGCACUAUGGCAUACUCUUACGAUGAGGCUAGUGACUCGGUGGUGGUGUCUUCACAAGGUGUCAGCGAGCUCUUCAAAUUGCCAAUCGGGCCCUAUAAUGGAUUGGCUUACUAUUUCGCGAUAACUAUCACCACUGAAGACGACCACGAGGUGUACAAGCUGUACGACGCGGAGUCCGGGUGUGGCAACGCGGCCGAGCUGCUUAACCAGCUGGACCUCGACGGAUGGGGAGAGUUUGUUUUCUCCCGAGACGUGGCCCAGCCAACAAAAUCAUGCAGGAGGUCCCUCAUGUGUGCCUGAACUGCUCGGCGAUCGAGGCAAUAAAACGGACAGCCUUA